AUGAACUCUCGUAUUGCUUUCCUCUUUUCUACUCUUGUUAUUUUUCUGAUUACCGCCUCCAUUUCUGCUUCCAAUGAUGGUGGUAAUGAGACCGAUUAUCAAGCUCUGUUGCAGUUCAAGUCAAUGAUCAUGAAUGAAGAAGGUCUAAGCUCAUGGAACACUUCCUUUCAUUUCUGUGAUUGGAGUGGUGUUUCAUGUCGGAAACAGAAUAAAAGAGUCACUGCUCUAGUACUGAAUUCACAAGGCCUACACGGCUCGUUGUCUCCUUAUCUAGGGAACCUCAGCUUCCUUCGUGAUCUUUAUCUCAAGAAUAACAGUUUUCAAGGUACGAUCCCUCAUGAACUCGGUCGUCUAUCCAAGCUACGUUUUCUCCAACUUGGCUACAAUAAAUUCAACGGAGUCAUUCCAACUAACCUGUCCCAUUGUUCUAACCUUGAAGAGCUUGGACUCUAUGCUAACAAGCUAGUUGGAAGCAUACCCGAAGAGAUCAGUUUCCUCUCCAAACUUACUUAUCUUUCAGUUUAUGAUAAUAACUUAACCGGUGGAAUCCCGCCUGUUUUGGGGAAUAUAACAUCAAUGGAACUGUUCUCUGCUACAAGAAAUCCGUUGGGUGGGAGCAUUCCUGACACCUUAGGAAAUUGGAAAAUUUUAACAGAAUUUUACCCUGGUGCUUGUACUUAUCUGGAACCAUCCCUCAUUCCAUUUUUAACCUCUCACUCCUAA